UUUUGAGGUUCGGAGGCGCCCUCCUAUCCAACCGAAGUCUGUAGUGGAGAGAAGUUUAGCAACUCAGCGCGCUGAGAGAAGCGAGUCCCAUUUUCCGUUGGCAGGAGAGCUGAAGCUCACUAGCCGUGCCGAACAGAGCGGAGCAAACAGACAGAGUCACUCCGGUGGAGGGGACAGGAGAGCAGAGGAGAACUGGCUUGGUGGUCUUGACUCUUUCCCGUGCUCGCUGGCUGUCUGCUAACCCAUAGUCUGUUGUGAUGCGCAUUCCCGUAGAUCCCAGUGCCACGCGGAGGUUUAGCCCGCCGUCCAGUAGCCUCCAGCCGCUCCCGGCCAAGAUGAACGAGCUCAACACGCCGUCCGGGCCCGGUCAGCAGGACAGCACGGUACCAAGGCUGCGCCUGCAGGAGAACCGCAGCAUGGCAGAGAUCAUAGCGGACCACCCGGCCGAGCUGGUCCGGACUGACAGCCCCAACUUCCUCUGCUCUGUCCUGCCCUCUCACUGGCGCUGCAACAAGACGCUGCCCGUCGCCUUCAAAGUUGUGGCAUUGGGAGAGGUGACUGAUGGGACGGUCGUCACGGUGAUGGCAGGAAACGAUGAGAACUACUCGGCGGAGCUGCGGAACGCAUCUGGGGUGCUGAAGAACCAGGUGGCUCGCUUCAACGAUCUGCGCUUCGUGGGCCGCAGUGGACGGGGAAAGAGCUUCACACUGACCAUCACAGUGUUCACCAACCCUCCUCAAGUAGCAACGUACCAUCGAGCCAUUAAAGUCACUGUGGACGGACCCCGUGAACCAAGGAGACAUCGUCAGAAGCUAGAGGAGUCUCCUAAAACAGGGCUAUUCUCAGACCGUCUCAGUGAGCUGGAGAGAAUCAGACAGACAACCAUGAGGGUUGCCAUGCCGACACAACCCCAACGACAGCCACUCAACGCCGGACCCAACUCCUUCAACCACCAGGGACAGACACAGAUACCAGACCCUCGCCAGUCUCAGUCAUCUCCUUCCUGGUCCUAUGAGCAGCCCUACCCGUCCUACCUGAGUCCUAUGACCUCCCCAUCUGUCCACUCCACCACGCCCCUCUCCUCCAGCCGAGCCACCGGCCUGCCCAACAUCACUGACCUGCCCCGCCGCCUGCCAGGUUCGUCAGAUCUCAGUCCGUUCCCAGGUCAGUUUGAGCGUCAGUUCCCGGGUCUCUCCUCUCUGACGGAGUCCGGUUUCUCCAGUCCCAGAAUGCACUACCCCACCACCUUUACCUACACCCCUCCUGUCACCUCCGCCAUGUCGUUAGGCUCCGCCCACUACCACCCUUACCUGCCACCUCCCUACCCCGGGUCCACCCAGAGUCAGAGUGGACCGUUUCCGACCAGCAGCGCUCCCUAUCUCUACUAUGGACCAUCCUCUGGGUCGUACCAGUUCUCCAUGGUUCCCGGGGGGGACCGCUCCCCCUCCAGAAUGGUUCCUCCCUGCACCAGCGCCUCCACCGGUAGCUCCCUGGUUAACCCUAACCUGCCCAGCCAGGCAGAUGGAGGGGUGGAGGGGGACGGGAGUCACAGCAACUCCCCAACCGUACUCAACUCUGCUGGGGGACGCAUGGAUGAAGCUGUCUGGAGACCUUACUGAGGAGAAAAGGGGGAAGG